UAGAGGCCAGGUCAGGGGUUCGAAUCCCGCCGUAAGCGAGCUUUUCUUGCAAAGUGGGUUUUUCUCUCGCUUCCGCUCCUGGCCAAGUGGAUAGCGCUAGUUCGUGUGUACACAGAGGGAAGAGAGUGCUGAACUCUUCUCGCAUUAAAAACCGAAGGCAAAGUACCGCAGGAGGGGAGGGUAGAGAGGGGCUCUUCUGUGAGACCACGGGUUGGAGUAAACGGCACUAGCGCUGUGUGCGCCGAUUUGAAGUGAAGACAACAAACAAAAAACAAACAAACACAUGUUGUGUUGGUACAUUGAAGAUGGGGGUUCGAGAAAGAUGGGCGGUCACCGGAGCACAAACAGCCUCGGGCGCAUGGACGACGAAGACGAAGAGGACAGCGCGGGCGGCGGGCGGUUCGUCUCGAACAAGCCCAGCAGCCAGGGCGACUCCCUCAUGGUCCGGGGCAGCAGCAAGCACCAAGAGCCGCCGGCCACCUUCCGCCGUACGUCGAGCCGCGACAGCGACGGGCAGGUGGUCCCCUCCUCGGGCCUCGGGCCCCUUUCGGCCGUCGGCAUCUUCAAGAACCCGUCCUCUUCCUCCGAUGGUCCGUCGACCGUUCCCCCUCGCGCGGUGGUUCCGGCAGACGACGGCAGCGGCAGGGGCACCCCCGGCGCCCUCCCGGCCGUGAACCCACAGCAGCACCGAGUCGUUUCGAACGACGCCAUGCAGCCGCCGUCGUCCCAGAAGCAGCAUUCGCCCCAACCGCUGCCGCAGCCCUUUCAGCAAGCGCUGCAGCACCAGCAGCACCACUUCGGCAGGCCGGCGAUCGCCGUAGGCGUCGCCGGUGGGGCGGUGACCGGGGGCACCCAGUGGGACGAUGUCGUCCGGAGGAUGACCACCCCGCAGGGCUCCGGCCACUCGCUCGAGAUGGGAUCGGAGCACAGCAGCAACGGCAGCAACGGCCAGCCCCCGGUCAAGGCGGAGUACGACCCGCUCGUGAUCACCUCCAACAACAGCGUGGGCACCUGGAACAGCAACGACAGCCAGGUGGCGCUGCUGGGCCCCAUGCCGCCACCGCAGUCCGUCCAGCCCCCGCUUAGGGGGUGGUCGUUCGACUCCGCGCAGGUCGCGGAUAGCGGCGCCGGCGGCUCGGCGGUGGUUGACCUGUCCGACGUAGACGGCUUGUUCCGCGGGUCGGCGGCGGACGGUGAGGCCGUCUCCGCCGCUGCUGCCGCCGCAGCCGCAGCCGCAGCCGCAGCCGCGGCCACCGCGAAUGCCGGCGGGAGCGUGACGGACUCGAACGGCUCCUCGCCGGGAUCGACGAACAGCAACGCGGACGCCGGGGCCGGGAGGCAGCAGCAGCACGAGGCCAUGUCUGACGCCAAGUGGGCGAACGAUGGCCACCUUCCGAUGGAGAAGGUCGUUAUCGAACCGUCGAGGAAUGAGUGCGACUUCGAGGGCCGCCCAACACCCCCGACCGACCCCAAGAGCGGCGAGCCGCCGAUCCCCUCGUCCACGGACCGCCAGUGCCACCUGGUGUUUACCGGGCUUAACAACACCGGUCAAGACCUCCGCAGCCUGCGCGUCACGGCGCACUUCGGUGUGGACUCGGUGCACAAGGUCGGCAAGGUCACCAGCCCUAUCCAGCUCGGCUCCAACGGCCGUGCUUACGCGGGCGUGUUCUACCCGAGCAUGCAAGAGAUCUGGCCAGAGCUGUACAGCACGAGCAACAUCCGAGUGGUUGAGGUGGAUCUCGUUGUCGAAAUCCGAUCUGACAGUGGGGAGUACCAGUACGUUGGUCCCCAGCUCAAGGUGACGUAUCUCCGCGCCGCACCCCCCGCCGACGCGGCUGAGGCAACGCCGAGACCGGCGGGAAGGCGAACGGCAUCCCGAGCGCCCAUCCCGUUCAACAGCGACGGCCACCAGGUCUCGUACAGCUGCGUGGACUACUCGUGCGGGGACUGGUUCUCAGACAUGUGCCAGUCGGUCUUCCGCAGCGGUGCCACGGCUCACCAGCCCUUGCAUGACGACCCCAACGACCUCAUGAACGUGGAUCCGUGAAAGAUGGAUCUUGUGUCCCCGACGAUGUCCGGUGAAGGUUCGGUUACGAUACAGCGUCAAAGUCAGAAGCGGUAUCUGUGAAGCGAACCCAUGUCACGCGGCGGUCCGAACUUUCAAGACAUGUUGUGAAAGUGGUGUCGGUGGGUGGAACGGUGGAGUGGGGCGGGAAGUGGUCAGGCCUGAUCUAAUAUUCUCCUAGAGUGUGGGGGG